AUGGCGGCGGAGAAUAUUAAGACCGAAUAUUAUCUUUGGUUUGAUCGUAAUAGUCUUAUAGAUUAUGUGGUGACUGUGGUUGAGGAAAAUGCAGUUGAGCGGCCUUUGCGAUAUCGUUUUACUUUAGAGAUCAAGAAGGCGUACAUCGAACGUGCAUAUUUGCCCAUUCCGAUUCAAUUUUGGCAUUCACAUGUGGUCAAUGAAUUCGAGGAUUUGAGUCGUUGCCUGUUGAUAUCUGAAGAUAUCCCGUACGAAGUUGAAUUUGUUGCUUGGCAUGGCAAAGUGUUGAUGCAGAAUAUGCAGGCUAGAGAUUUUGUUGAUUUUACUGGAAUUUUUGAAGAUUGGCUCUUAACAAAACGGAUGAUGCACGAGAGCUUAAGCUGUUAUGGCUGUCCCAAGAUGUGGCUCGGAAAAGAAGGGUUAUUUUGGAGGCCUGGCCUCAUGGAUGUUUUUUCUGCCGUUUCGUCGAACAUCCACUUGCCGAUCCUUGUUCUGGAUCACCGCCUUCAACUUCUUCUGCAUUAG